AUGCCACCGGCUCUGGGCAUCGCCCUCUUGUAUGCGCUGCUGACCCCAUCACUAAGCCAGCCAAAAGAUGCCGUCCUCAGGCUCAACAAAGGUGUUUUAAGUGAUGCUCUUACAGGCUCGCUCAGGCAAGGAAAUGCCCUCCAAGGUGUUCUUGGAGAAGUGCCGCUUGGAAGAGGACGUCCCAGCACAGAUGGAAGUGGAGACCUGUUGGGUGGCCUCGGAGGAGGUCUCCUUGGUGGUGGGGGCGGUGGUGGCGGUGGUGGUGGACUGCUUGGUGGUAUUACUGGUGGUUUGCUGGGCGAUGGUGGCGGAGGGCUGCUGGGGGGGCUGACUGGUGGUCUGCUUGGUGGAGGGGGCAAUGCCGGCGGUGGCUUGCUGGGUGGAGGGGGUGGUGGAGAUGCUUAUGGUAGGGGUCCCAGAAACCCUCCCAGAGGCUGGCCAGCAGCUGGUGACGAUAUCCCCAGGGAUGGCAUCCCCGCAGGGGUUGCUGGCGGAGCACUGGGACAAGGAGGUCUGCUCGGUGACGGAGGUCUCCUCGGCACGGCAGGGAUCCUCGGUGGCCCUGGUGGUAUUCUUGGCAGAGGAGGGCUUCUGGGCAACGGAGGGCUGCUGGGAGGCGGUGGCCUGCUCGGCAUCCUUGGGGAAGGCGGCUUGCUCAGCACCGUCCAGGGGCUCACUGGGCUGAGGAUCGUGGAGCUGACGCUCCCCAAGGUGUCACUGCGGCUCCUGCCUGGCAUCGGCGUACAUGUCAACCUCUACACCAGGGUGGCCCUCAAUGCCAAGUGCCUCCUGGGUUUGCUCGACAUCGCGGUGGAAGUGAACAUCACAGCAAGGGUCAGGCUAACCAUGGAUGGCACGGGCUACCCCAAACUGGUGACAGAAAGCUGCGAUACCCUGCUUGGUGGCAUUAAAGUCAGACUACUGAGAGGCCUGCUCCCAAUUGUGGAUAAUUUACUGGCAAGUGUCCUCAACAGACUUCUUCCUAAUCUGCUCUGCCCAGUGGUCGACGUCGCCCUGGGACUCGUCAACGACCAGCUGGGUCUUGUGAACUCACUGGUGCCCCUGGGUUUGCUGGGCAGUAUCCAGUACACCGUGUCCAGCCUUCCCCUGAUAACGGGCCAGUUCCUUGAGGUAGACUUGAACACUGUCGUCGGGCGAGUGGCAGGAGGGCUGGGUGGCUAUCCUCUGGGAAAGCCAGAAACUGUCUCCACACAACCACGGGUCCCCAUGCCGCCGCUGCCACCGAUGGAGGAUACGAGCUCCUCCCAGCUGGGCCUUUCUGUGAACUUCCUCAGCUCGGUGCUGUCUGUCCUGCAGAAGGAGGGUGCCCUGGACCUGGACAUCUCCACCGGCAUGUUUCCUGAGCUCCCGCCGCUAACAACAUCGACCCUUGGAGCCCUUGUUCCUGUGGUUUUCAAGGCAUACCCUGAAUCACAUGAAUUGCUGCUGAAAAUCGCAGUCCCUGAAGCACCAGUGGUGACCUUAAAGAAAAAUAAAGGUGUGAUCCAGCUCACGGCUACAGCAGAGGUGAUGGUGAUCCACCCAGGUGAUGUCCAGAAGUCUCUCUGCCUUCUGAAUAUCGACACCUCCCUCUUGGCCCAGUUUUCAGUCAAGGACAACAAGCUCAAGAUUGGCGUCAGCCUGGAGAAGGCUGAUCUCUCCUUGGUGUCUUCUUCUGUCGGUGAUUUUGAUGUCUCGGUACUGGAGACGCUCGUUGGCCAGAUUUUCGAUGUUGCCUUCCUGCCUGCAAUGAACAGCGUGCUGGGAGCAGGGGUUCCCCUCCCCAGGCUGCUGAACAUCGACUUCACCAACGCAGAUGUCGACAUCAUUGAAGACCUCAUCGUGCUGUCGGCGUGA